GCAAGAGGCACGUGCUUUGAGGUGGGGAGAGAGCGCUCCUGUUUAGCAGGCGAUGGCGCUCCUAGAGCCGCAUCCUCGGGAACUGGAGCUCAUUAUUUCGGGUGGGUGGAACAGGUGAAGGGCAAGGGAGGGGGAGAAGCUUGCCAAAACGAUCGCAAGGUGGAGCAGGUGGCUCAAGGUGCUCCGAUCCCCCCUCCUCUGCCAACGAGGCAUCGUAGCGCGAGCAGGGACCGGCUGGGCAUCAUGGACUCCGUCGUGGCCUACGAAGGGACGAGAGAGGGCUACCGGUGCGGCUACUGUCACUCUGCCGGGGGGAAAGCAAGCCACGGCAUGUGGGCUCAUUCACUGACUGUCCAAGAUUACCAAGAUCUUAUCGACAGAGGUUGGCGAAGGAGUGGGAAAUACAUUUACAAGCCUAUUAUGAAUCGUACAUGUUGUCCUCAAUAUACAAUAAGAUGCCGGGCCUUAAAUUUCCAGCCUUCCAAAUCACAUAAGAAGGUUCUAAAGAAGAUGUUGAAAUUCUUAAUGAAGGGGGAAAUUCCUGUAGUAGACAGUGAAGUGGAGCCUAUGGAUUCUCACACCAAAGAUACUGAUGGCUGCAGUUUUUUCUUAAAAGACGAACCAGGCAGCUGUCAGGCUGAACUAAAACCCCUCAAUCCUGAUCAUUUGGAGAAGGUGGAGAGUGGGGAAGGUGAAAUAACUGUGAAGAAAGCAGACUCAGACCAUAUUGAAUUGUCUCAUGAGAAAGUUAAUGCCAAUUCUGGGGAGCCGUUGGAGUCAGCUAAAGUUAGUCCCGCAGUUCCCAAACCAGGGAAAGGAGCCGACUUGAGUAAGCCACCCUGCCGUAAAGCAAAGGAACUAAGGAAGGAACAUAAAUUGCAGAAGACCCUUCAGAACCAGACACAAAAUCCUUCGCUGCAAACUGAGGCUCAGGUUUUGCUUGGCCAGCGCUCAAAAGCUAAAACCAAUCAGCCCAAAUCAAUUGAAGACUUCAUUUUUGCCUCCUUACCUACUGAACCUGUGCACCAGUUAGAGGUGAGGUUAGUACCUGUUUCUUUAGAGGACCCGCAGUUCAAAUCUUCUUUCACCCAGUCUGCUGCUUUAUUUGCCAAGUAUCAGAUGGCCAUACACAAGGACUCUCCUUUUGAAUGUAACGAGUAUCAGUUCACAAGGUUCCUCUGUGAAUCUCCACUUGAGGCAGAAAAUCCACCUAAUGGUCCAGAUUGUGGCUAUGGUUCUUUCCACCAGCAGUAUUGGUUUGAUGGAAAGAUAAUUGCUGUGGGUGUCAUUGACAUCCUUCCAAAGUCUGUGUCAUCUGUGUAUCUCUACUAUGAUCCUGGUUAUUCUUCCCUAUCUUUAGGCGUAUACUCUGCACUAAGGGAAAUUGCUUUUACUAGGCAACUUCAUGAAAAGGCCUCUGACCUAUGCUAUUACUACAUGGGGUUUUACAUUCAUUCAUGCCCUAAAAUGAGAUAUAAGGGCCAGUACAGACCAUCUGACUUGUUGUGUCCAGAGACAUAUAUCUGGGUACCUACUGAACAAUGUCUGCCUUCUCUUGAGCAUUCAAAAUAUUGUCGCUUCAAUCAAGACUUAAAAGCAGAUCUAACUUCCCUUUCCUUGACGUGCCUAUUUUGGAGUGCAUGGAUGAAAGGCCCGCUGCUUAUAUUAGUAGUAAAAACUGCCCAUAGAACUUACGACAAACCACUAAGCACCACUGACCACAGCAUAAUUGAAUCCAGCAGCACUAGGGAGCACGGAAGCCCUCUUGCUUUUGAUUUUUUUGUAAGGGCAAGGAGAGAGUGAUUUGGUAUUAAAGCCAUGAAAUCAAACAUGAGGGAAAUAAAAUUCUGGGACUCUGUCUGGAAACACAACUUGAAUGAUACAAAAUUAAUUUUUACACCUUGAAAGAGAAAGGAGGGGCGGCAGAGGAUGAAACUGAGUGGUUUUCUGAAGAUCAAGGUUCACGGUGUUAAAGGGUUUAAUAGUUAUGGCACAGUCUUAUGAGAUGCUGCAUUGAGGCAGUGACUUGUGGGGCUGGAGGAUAAGUAUUUAUACAUGGGACAGAGCAGCUUGGGACCUGGCAACAGGCUAUCCUCUGCUGACAGAAGAACGACUUCUGGGCACUUGCUGUGGUGCAUCUCUACCUUUUAUAGGGGUAGCUAGUUAACAUUGCUUUGCCAAGGUCAUGGAGAGGGCCGACAAAGCUACAGACUUCCCACCAGCCAUUUCUGACAACAGUAGCAAAAUAGCUUCAGCCAUCCCUGGCUAGGAAAGCCAGAGCAAAUAUGCCCAAGUCAAAAGUAAUAGGGAUGGGAAGACAAAGUUGUUUAUCAACCAAUUGUUCUUGGCUUCCCAGGCACAGGUUUAAUUUGCAGUAGCAAUACAAAGUCACUACAGAUCAGGGAACCUGGGCAGCUAAAAGAAUAGGAAGAGAAAAUAAAGAUGUAUUGUAAGCUUGACUUUGUUGAGCUAAAUCCACUGUAAGGUUGCAGGAAAGCUUGUUAGGCAGUCGGAGCAGGAACACGCCACAGUUUCUGGAUUCUGCUAAAGCAGGAACAUCCCAGAGUUUCCUGUCCUGAGUCAAUAAAGCUUCCUAGGAGAAAGUAAUUACGUCAUAUAAUGAGUGUUCAUUUGGCCAGUCUAAUAGCAAAUAGCCUAAUAGCAAAUGCUAUUUAGGCUUGAAUUCAGUCAUAUCUUUUAUUCUACUUCGUAUUGUUGUAUAGGAACUAGAAGCCUUUUGGUUUCAAAAAUUAAAAUCUUAAUAUUUUGGAGAACAGCCUCUUCUCAUAUGUUUAUCUGAAAGAAAGACAAUGUAAUACAUUUGCCAACUGAGAAUAAUUGAUAUGCAGCUUCAGAAGGAAGCAGGCCAUGUCUUCGGAAUAGUACACAUGUAGCAGACCUCUCUCCAUAUCAGUUGUGAGAUCACUUUCAAAAUGGUGACAUAUCUUUGAUUGACAACUAGUUCUUACGUUAUGACCUGUAUUAUAAAAUAUUUCAUAUAUUUAC